AUGACAAGUGCGCGUAACACGCCGCCGGGAGUAUACGGUAUCCGAUGGGAAAGUGGGGAAAAUGUUGGACAUGAUGAAAGAGGAGUUGACAGAAGAAGCCUCCACUCAUCCCGUCAAACGCUCUCCGACUCGAAGGAGUUCUACAAAUCAGCCGGCUGUCGUUGGCUUCGUGCCGUCCGUCUCGGUGAUGCGACGACGGUAAAGAAGAUGUUGGAGGACAAGCCAGAACUGGCAAACUACGCUCCAAACUACGGUCCUCUGGCUCUUCACAUGGCUACCGUUCGCUCCGAUCGAUCAAUCAUUGUGUUGUUGGUGUCGAAAGGUGUGGACGUGGAUGCAAGGGAUCCGGCAGGUUACACGAGCCUUCAGCUGGCAAUUCGACGCGGCGACCCAUCGUUGGCCCACUUUCUGAUCUCGCACGGAGCGAACUUGGAGCUAACCGAUCCGGACGGUCGUCACAUCACCGAUUACGAUGAGUGGAGUGAGGAGGAUCAGAUGGCGGCGGAGAAGUUGGUUUAUGGAAAACCACUGCUCCGUCCGAAAGCGCACUCGUUCGUCGGCUCCCCAUCAUCAGCUUCCAUCAAAAGUUCCAACUCAAUCCGUCCGCCACGACCGUCUUCAACUCCUGACAACUCGAUGUUAUGUGAAAGUGAGCACAGGAUGAAACGAGACAAAAAACGGAGCUCCUGGAAGUCGUUUUUCGAGAAGACGCCGAUAGUGAAGAAGUUUGGAUCCAUUUCGAAGGCAUAA